AUGACCGAGUUCAAAUCUCAACGCAUUGCCACCGUCCCUGAAUAUCUUCAUCGUCAUCUGUUCAAUAGUGAUGUCCCAUCCACAUCAACAGCUCCAUCUUACCAAAUCGAAUUGCCCACGUUGAGAUCAAGCUCUCUUCAGGAGCACUUCAGAAUAAUCGCAGAGGAUUUGACCGAAAAGUACAGGGAAUUGCUAGAGGCAGCAGCGGCAUUUCCGCUGCAAGUUCCAAAGCCAGCACACUGGAGGUUUGAAACAGGAUGGACGAGAUAUUCUCAUAGUGGUGUGGUGGAGAAGAAGCGCUCCGUUGUCAAUGCCAUCUGGAAAACACCACAAGAGAUUCCUCGAUUGCAAGAUUAG